AUGGGAAGUACGAACUGGUGUACUGUUUAAGUUCUGCGUUUCUUGAGUCUAUGUAAAUGCAGUUUUUGUUAUUUUUCUAAGAGAAACCUUUUGUGAUGGACGGGUUGGAGUCCCACAUUGUCACUCCGGGUCCAUACAGGGCUACAAAACUGUGGAACGAAGUAACAAAGCUCUUCCGGGCCGGCGUGCCGCUGAAGAAGCACCGGCAGCACUUCAGGGUGUACGGGAAUUGCUUUACGGCGACGGCCGCUGUGGACUGGCUGCACGAUCUGCUGAGGAGCAACAGCAACUUUGGGCCUGAGGUCACGAGGCAGCAAACUGUGCAGCUCCUCAAGAAGUUCCUGAAAAACCAUGUCAUUGAAGAUGUCAAGGGCAGGUGGGGCUCAGAGGACCUGGAGGACAAUGGUCAGCUCUACAGGUUUCCCUCCACGUCACCACUGAAACAGAUUCCCAGAUGCCCUCGACUAAGGAAAAAGGAUGGCUCAGUGAAGGAAAAAGAGGCCUUCUUCAAAUUUAAGAGUUCAAAGAAGCCAGAAAGAGAAAUUAAAGAAAAUGUGGACCCAGAGAUUCAGGAGGAUCCUGCAAAUUCACCUCCGGUAGAAGUUGUCCAUCGUCGCAAUUUAACAGAAGAUGACAUCCUGGACAUCUGGAGAAAUAUAACAUUGACACAUUUGCAGAAAACCUUGGGUUUGACAUCACUUGAAGACCUGUUGGAUCCUUAUCAAGUGAACCCUCAACACAUUGUAUAUAACAUGACCAAUGUAAACAAGCAUGGUGUAGUCACACUAGAGGACAAGACAGGUGAUCUGCCACAUUGGGUUUUGUCUGCUAUGAAAUGCUUGGCAAACUGGCCAAAAUAUGACUUGCAUCAACCUUCGUAUCCUGGAUUUGAGAGGGACGUUUUUAAAACCGUUUCAGAUUAUUUUGUCAACCUGCCAAAGCCACUUCUCACGUAUGAAUACUAUGAGGUGUUUGUGAACGUUUUGGUUUUGUGUGGUUACGUCAUGAUUCCUAAAAGUAGACGCGGAAAACGUAAAAACCACGAUGACCCCAGCUGUCCCCAGCCGCCAAAAACCCCCUACAUGAACGAUGCUAGUUUCAAAUCAACGGAGUGCCUUUUGCUGAGCCUGAUACGUAAGGAGUCGUUUGAUGAGACUGAUUCUCCUAUGCGAGAGGUGUUGAGUUGUAAGGCCAAAUCCAGACUGCCUGCUCUGGACAAAGACAUGUCAAGUAAAGACCAUCAGCUGGGUACUUUUAGCAUUGGAGCCAGUUCAUCAGACAUCAUAGGAGGGAGUUGUCAGAACCUCCCGCGGAUAACAGACAGUGGGCUACUCUGCGUGAAAGUCCGGCCCAGGAGCUGCUCUCUAGAGGGAAUUGCAGAUUGUUCUGACAGUCACUCCCGGAAUAAGUGCAGGUCUGUCGAAGAGCUGGUCUUCCACAGAAGAAGCAGCAGCAGCAGCGCUGUUGGGAGGACUCAGAUGCACAAAGAUGAGGUUCCGCUGCCCCCCUGCUCCAUAGAUAAGCAGCAGGUCUCAGUAUCUGCAUCAAGCCUUUUCUCCAGCACCAGCUCUGGCAAAGAUGACACAAAAGCCUAUGGUGCUCAGACUGCAAGAGGGCUCCGCUUAGCAGUGCGGCCAGAGAGGACCCAUCCCAGGAGCACCUCGAGCCUGACCCAUACCGGUGAAUGUCCAGAGAUGUCUGCCAGCUCCUUUAGCAUUAACGAACCUGUGGCUGAGAUAACUGUACGUCCAGACUCAUCUUCCAGUGUUGGGCUGCGAAGGCCCAGCUUGCUCAACCUGCCUGGCAGCUUUUCAGAGCUGACCUCUGGGCAGGGUGUCAGCAAGCGGUGUUUUAGCUCUGUGGACUUAUCCAACGAGCCUGCUGCCCCUCUGCCUUCUGUGUCUACUUUUGCACGUCACCCAAGUCCUGAUGCAAGUCUCCUGCAGCCCCAGCUGGAGAGGGUGGCAAUUGAAGCCCUGCAACUGUGCACCCUGCUUCUGCCCCCAGCCAACCGGCGUAAACUGCAGCUGCUCAUGCGCAUGAUCUCCCGCAUGAGUCAGAAUGUGGACAUGCCCCGGCUGCACGAUGCUAUUGGGACGCGCACACUGAUGGUACACGUGUUCUCCCGCUGUGUGCUCUGCUGUGAGGAAGAGGUUGAUUUGGACGAGCUGCUUGCUACAAGGCUCGUUUCCUUCUUGAUGGAUCACCACCAGGAGAUUCUCCAGGUCCCAGUCUACCUGCAGAAUGCAGUCCAGGAUCACAUUGCAUAUCUCCGGAAAGUACAACUGACAUACCCAGGUCCUGGAAUGGGAUCAACUGUGCCAACAUACUCGUUCUGCAGACAGAUUAGCCCCCAGGAAUUUGAGGAGCAGAAGCUGUCUGUGUCACAGGCUGCCAUUGCAGAGCUCUUGGAAAGCCUCAUCAAAGACAGAACAUUAUCUGUUAAGGAGAAGAAGAAAAAGCUAAAGCAGUUCCAGAAAGAGUAUCCUGAUAUCUACAGUCGUCGUUUCUCCACUACGGAGAGCGAGGUUCAACUUUUUGUAGAGAAGCCAAAGAUUAAGCCUCCGAUGCUGAUUGGUAUGAAAAAAGCCAAAGCUUCCAGUGUACGAAACUGAAGUUUUGUUAGUGAAUUAUUUGGUCCCUGAGAAGACUUUGGUACUAAAUGAAGGAAAAAAAUGGCUGCAAGCUCAUCCCAGUCUUUAGUCCAACAUGCAAAAACAGCAGUUGAUACCACUGCCUAAAGUUCUUAAAUGUGAACAGCUGAAUAAAUAUCUCAUGGUGUUUUUGUACUCAUUUAAUGUGUAGGCUAAAUUAUUUUCAGUUUUUCUGUGGUGUCUCAUCAGUCAUUUCAGGCCUUUAAGACUUGAUGUUUAGCAAGGAAGCUUCCUGCAAAUGCUGCUGCCAGAUGUGGAGUAAUUGAAUUUCGUUUUAAUAAAAUGUCACUUUACCACGUGCUACUUGCAACUCCAGGAAAUCUUUUACCUCACAUUAGUUGUUGCUUGUGUUGUCUUUUAUAUUUACAAAGUCGUCAUGGGAGUCGAUGGGAGUUUUUUUUUUCUGAAGGAAAAUUAUAACCAGCACAGUUUACUCAACUGUUCUUUGUUCGGCAUUUUCAGUUUUCUCUAAACAUAUAUUUAUAUCAAAUGGUUGAUUGGGACACAAUCUUUUUGA